CAAAAAUAGUUCAAAAAAUAUUUAAAAAAUAUAAUAAUGAUUAUAACAAUUACGUGGAACAGAGUGUAUUUGAAGUUAUAUUUAAUGGAACUGAUAAUAAUGAUUAUUAUUUGUUUAAUCAUUCAAAGAAAAUGUCAACAGGCAUUGAUGAAAAGUUAAUGAAAUUGAAUAAUAGAAAUAGAAAAACGGAAUCCUUAAAAAUUAAUAAUAAAGAUGAAAUGCAGGAUGUUGCUGAAUAUUUUAGCAGCUUUGCAUUGGGUCAUCUACCACCGUUCGAUUUAACCGUAUCGGAAGAAAUUACACCAAAAUGUCGAUUGCAUAGUGCAGAAUAUCAAAGACAAUUACAAAAUCUUACCUUUUGGGCAAUUAAAAUGUACGAUUCGUCAGCAAAAAUACCGUCAGGAAUAUUAAGUGGAAAUUUAAAUCAGUUGGGUGAUUUUGAUGAAUGUGUCAAUUCCCAUUCUGAUGAUGGUGAAAUUUCUGGACAAUAUUGUUUAACGUAUUUCCAAAUUGAUGAGCCAAAUUCGAAAUAUUUAUACAAAUUACAUAAGUUAAUGAAUUCACAUUUUCCUUUUCGAAGUACUUUUGAUGAUCCAGGACAUCGUGUACCACGAUUUUCAGCGAUUAAUUGGGCUCUUUGUGUUCCAUCGUCGUGUACCCACGAAGAUGUUGAAAUUGGUUUAAAAGCUGGAUUACAACCAUUAAUCGAUAAAACUGGAUUAUCCAUUCAAAUAAAAGUGUAUGAAGAAAUGUGUCAGACAGUUAAAAGGCCAAUUCCACUCUCCACAAUUUUGGGCGGUAUCUUCUUUGCUAUUGUUAUUGGUUUUACAUUAGCUAUCACUGCAAUCGAUUACUUCUUCCAAAACCCAUCUGAAUUAAAUGGAAUUCAAGGAAUAUUAUUCGCAUUUUCAUUACGCCGUACAGUAAAAUCGUUAUUUUCAUUAAAUCGUGCUGAGGGUGACAUUGCAAGUGUCCAUGGUAUACGAUUUUUAAAUGCAUUUAUGUUGAUAGUAGCACAUAAAUCAUUGGCUGUAUUUUUUAUACCAUACGUAAAUCGUACUAUUAUGACCGAAAUAAUUGGCAAACCAUGGACAGUCUUGGGACGUGCGGCAAGUUUAUACACAGAUCCAUUUAUAAUGUUUAGUGGCAUGCUAACAACAUAUUCAUAUUUUGGACGAUUGAAUCGUGGAAAAAGUAUAAAUAUUAUUGAUGAAUAUGUAUCACGAUUAAUGAGGAUUGUACCUCCUCUGGUCGCAUUGAUAUUAUUUUGUACAUUAAUACAACCAUGGUUAGGAUCUGGCCCACAAUGGAAUUUAGUUGUCACACAUCACUCUGAUAUUUGUAAACAAUAUUGGUGGCGAAACUUACUCUUCAUUCAUAAUUACUUUGGCUUUGAAAACAUGUGUUUAACACAUACCCAUCACGUUGGUAUUGAUACACAAUUAUUUUUAAUUUCACCAUUAUUUAUUUGGAUUUUAUGGAAAUGGCGUCGACGUGGUAUUAUGGUGUUAAUCACUUUGGCAACAAUAUCAACCAUAAUGCGAUAUAACGUAACGUACUCAAUGGGUUUAUCAAAUUAUAUACAUUUUGGCACAUCAAUUAAACAGCUGUUUAAUACAGCCAAUAAUAUGUACAUUUUACCAACACAUCGUACUACAGUUUAUCUAAUGGGUGUAUUAUUAGGUUAUUACUUACGAAACAUGAAAAAUGUGAUUUUAAAACCCGCAGUGUUAAAUAUUGGUCAUGCUACGGCUGUUGCAUUAUUUUGUGCUGCAUUCUUUGGACCGGCAUUUAUGGGUGACAUAUCGUACAAAUAUCAACCAGUACAUGCUGCAUGGUAUGCAGCCUUUUCACCAAUUGCCUGGUGUUUAUCAUUUGCAUGGAUUAUUUUCACUCAACAUUUCGGAUAUUAUAAUUUCUUAAACAAAUUUUUCUCUUGGCGUGGUUGGAUAGUUACUACACGUUUGUCAUAUGCAUUAUAUUUAACACAAUUUCCUGUAUUCUUUUAUAAUGUGGGAUCUGCACGUUCUUCUGAUUAUUAUCACUUUGCUAAAAUAAUGAUUAAUAUCCAUGAGCUAACAUGUAUCGUAGCAUUAUCAAUAAUAUUAACGCUAUUGUUUGAUACACCAUUCCAAACAAUUAGAAAAAUAAUUUUUAAGAAAAAUGAUAAAAAAAUUGUACAAAAACAAGAAUUAAAUAUUGAAAAUGAAAACUCACAAAAGACUGAAAUUAUUAAUAAUACUCAUAAUGAUAGUACAUCACUGGACAAGAAAAGUCUAUAGAUUUAAUUGAUUAUUUUUAUGUAAAUAUAAUUAUUAUAA